UCUAAGUAUUUCUGAGUGAACUCAACUCCUCUGUCAAGCAAAGGGAAGUUGGAAAGUUGGAAGUUGGUGGGGGAAUGCCACCUCUCUGAUAUUUUACUCAUAGAAAUACUGAGAGUCCUACCAUUACCCUGCAGGCAGCAAAGGGAUCCCAGAAGCAAGCCACGUCCUUUGGCUUUUAAUCAUAAAAGAAAAAGGAGACAUUUUCUUCAGCAAGUUGUGACAAUAAAUCCACCAUUUUCAGAGACCCAGGAACACUAUCCAAUCUCUCAGCAGUGUGAGAGAUUUGUAACCAUCACCUGAAGAAUCCUUGAUCUGAAACUAGUGAAUUGUCUUCUUCCCCUGUUGGAAGUGCAUCACUAAGUUUUCUUCCACCUGCUUUUGUGAGCCUAGGAGGUGCUCAGAUCCUGGGAUAUACAUUACCAGCUUCUGUUCUUCAUCCUAAGCCUCUGAAGCCAUGACUCACCCAGUGAGCCAGGAAACACCAAAAUCCAAGUGUCCCUACCUCUGGCUUUCUACAUUUUUGGUGCUGGCUUGUCUUUUCCACAUGUCGUCAGGCAUAGAUGUUACGGUGUUCAAAGCAGUGAAAGAAAUGGUAGCCCUGUCCUGUGGUUAUCAAAUUCCCCUUGUUGAACUGUCCACAAGUCGGAUCUACUGGCAAAAAGACAAUCAAGUGGUGCUGAGUAUCACAUCUGGGGUUCUGAAAGUGUGGCCGGAGUACAAGAACCGGACCUUCUUUGACAGCACUAAUAACCUGUCCCUCGUGAUCCUGAACCUGCACUUGUCAGAUGAGGGCACCUACACCUGCGUCGUGCAGAAGAAGACUGACCAAACGUACAAACUAGAGCACCUACGCUUGGUAGCCCUCUAUGUCCGAGCUGACUUUCCCACUCCUAGUAUAACUGAAUCUGGAGAUCCAUCUCCUGACAUAAAGAGGAUAACAUGCUCAACCUCUGGAGGUUCCCCCAAGCCUCGCCUCUCCUGGUUGGAAAAUGGAGAAGACGUAAAAACUCACAACACAACCAUUUCUCAAGAUCAUGAAACUAAGAUGUUCACCAUUACCAGCCAACUGGAUUUCAACAUUACCAUUGACCACAUCUUCCUGUGUUCCAUCCAGUAUGGAGACUUCCGCGUGUCACAGAAUUUCACCUGGCAUGCAUCAGCCAGCGAACAGUUGCCUGACAAACAGCCCUCAUGGUUGGUCAUCAUCGUGGUGGUGCUUGUGGCUAUAAUCAGUACAUAGUCAUAAUCACUUUCCUGGCCUACAAGAGUCUUACCUUCAGUUGAAACUGACUUCAGGAAAUUUUAUAUGACCAGACCUGCCCCAACCUUGUCCUUCGACAAUGUCUUGUAGGAGGAGUCUCUCGAUUCAGUGGCUUUGCAGAAGGGUCUACAGGAAUGCAAUGGGCACCACAAUAGGUCUAGUAACUUUGUCAAGGAGGUCUUGAAACAAUUCUUUUAUGUCUGGAAGGGACAUUAGAGAAUGAGUGUUCAGAAACCCAGAGUCCCUGGGGGCCCUUCCCUUCAUAGUUAAACUCUGGGCCCUGUACUGGUCAGUCCAAGUGCUUCAGGAAACAGAAUUUGUCUAACACCAAGUCAUCUUCAGAGAAUUCAUCCUAUGUUCCUAUGCACUAUUGAAAACAAGAUCAUUUUGUUGAUUUAAAAGUUCAACUUGUUGGGGCUGGGAAGGUGGCUCAGGGGUAGAGUGCUUG